GUGCGCACGCGCUCAGGUUACCCGCACAGAUGAGCGCGUUCCUUCACCUCUGAAUGCAUGUCAAAGUUUGCUCAAAAGGAAACUGUUUGUGACUCCGAUGUCAGCUCCAGGGUUACAGGUCUAGUUGGAUCAGUUUAUGCGCUUCUCUCCUGGAUGCUGUUUCCGGACCAGAGCUGCUGCUGCUGCCGCUGAGUUUCUAACAGGUGUUCAGGGCGCACAGCGCGGAGCGGCAUCAUGUCCAAUGGGAAAGAGCCAAAUGCUGCGCAAAACUCCUCCGAUCAGACCCUGAAAGCGUGUCUGGAUGAGUGCAUGGAGGCCUUGGAUCUCUUCCUUAACAACCACUUCAAUGAGAGCCUGGAGAGGCUGCGCCCUAGAGUCCAUGAGAGUAUGUACCACGCUCUUAUCUACGCCACGGUACUGGAGAUGCAGGCCAUGAUGACUUUUCAGCAUGAUGACAUCACCAAUGCAGGGAAUACCAUGAAGAGUGCCCAGGAGGUCUGUCAGAGGUUCCGACGGAAAGCCCAGGGUUUGACAAACAAAUCAGUCGGGGAUUCGCUGUCAGAAGUGCAGCUCCAUGCAGAGGUGUGUUAUGCAGAGUGUCAACUCCAGAGAGCUGCUCUCACCUUCCUCCAGGAUGAGAGCAUGGUGAGUUUUAUCAAAGGUGGGAUGAAAGUACGAAACAGUUACAUGAUUUACAAAGACCUGCAUAACUUCAUAAAAUCCCACAACUGUGUCAAAGGACCGAGCCACAUUCACUUAGAGGGAGGAAUAUCUUUUGGAGUGGGAGCAUUUAACCUGACUCUGUCUCUGUUUCCUCCUCGGAUACUUAAAAUGUUGGAGUUUGCAGGCUUUUCCGGCGAUAAGGAAUAUGGUCUGUCUCUGCUCUGCGACGGUGCGACAGGAAUGAACCUGCGCUCCAUGCUGUGUGCUCUGCUGCUGCUCUGCUACCAUACCUUCCUCACAUUCGUCCUCGGAACGGGUGAGGGAGAAGUCUCUGAGGCUGAGAGACUUCUGAAACCUUUCCGGCUCCGAUAUCCGCGGGGUGCAAUAUUCCUUUUUUUCGCUGGCAGGACAGAAGAGAUUAAAGGAAACAUUGAUGAGGCGGUGGCGCUGUUUGAGGAUGGCUGCAAAGCCCAGCAGACGUGGAAGCAGUUCCACCACAUGUGCUACUGGGAGCUGAUGUGGUGCUUCACCUUCAAGCGUGCGUGGAAGAUGGCGUACUUCUACGCAGACCUGCUCAGCCAGGAGAGCCGCUGGUCCAAGGCCAUGUAUGUGUACAUGAAGGCAGCUUACCUCAGCAUGCUGCCAAAGGAGGAGGCCCGGCCUUUUGGAGAGGAUGAGGUGCAGCUUUUUAGACAAGUACCGAGCCUAAAACAGAAGAUCGCAGGAAAGUCUCCUCCAACAGAGAAGUUUGCGAUUCGUAAAGCCAGACGCUACAAGGUUUCCAACCCGGUGAGGCUGCCGGUUCCUGUGUUGGAGAUGAUGUACAUGUGGAACGGCUUCAGCAUGAUCAGCAAGCGACCAGAGCUGACUGAAGGCAUGAUGCAGACAUUGGUGGAGGCAGAGCGCACUCUGCUGGAAUCUCCUGAAAAUGAAUAUAAGAUGGACGACCGCUGUCUGAUCCACAUGCUGAAGGGUUUGUGCUUUAAGAACCAGGGGAUCCUGCAGGCUGCUGAGGAAUGCUUCAGCAAAGUGUGCUCAAGUGAAAAGAAGAUCAAGUUUGAUCACUACCUGGUGCCCAACGCUCUGGUGGAGCUCAGUCUGCUUUACAUUGACCAGGGCAGGAGAGACGCAGCUAUUAAAAUACUCCACAAAGUAAAGCACAACUACAAGGAUUACUCGAUGGAGUCCCGCACACUGUUCAGGGUCCACGCUGCUCUGGCCAAACUGAAAGCGGACCCUGGAGAAGAGGACAGCCAGUAACAGAACAUUUCUGCUCUCCUCACUAUGGACACUUUGAACUCGUGUGUAUCUACAGUAAACCUGACGUUUAAAUGCUACUCAGGCUCCAUUCUUGGAGGUAUUGUUUGCGCCAUCGCUGUGCCGUCCUGACAGAGAGGAACGCUCCUCAGAAAGCAGCGCAGCUGAGGGACUGUUAACUACCUUACACAGGUGAAAACACACCUGAUGUUUAUACACAUUAUUAUAUUUAUAGAUGUUUUAUGGUUUACAUUAACAAUGAAUCUUCACUAAUCAACUUAAUGUAGGAAAAUCAAACAUAAUGUGAGAUUGAUUUAAAUCUUUGGUUGUACUUUAUUCUACUUUCUUUGUGGUCGAGGGCGAUCAUCCUGUAUCGU